CUAGUAAGCACUGGGUCUUGUAAAGUGAUUAUGAAUCUGUUCAAGUAAAGAUAGCUCGAAGAAAACACCACAAUGGCCAUAACAUUUAUAUUGUGUUCUGUCGCUGCCGUGCUCUGUGCCAUGUUUUACUGCAUCCGACGACAGCAGAUGAGGGUGUUUAAAGACAUGGGAAUCCCCGGGCCGGAGCCUAAUUUCCUGUUUGGGAAUUUACUAUCACUGAAAACAAAGAGUUUUCAUGAAAUAUACCAAGAGUGGACAAAAACAUAUGGAUCAACUUACGGGUAUUUUGAAGGACCCACACCUGUCCUGGUUACAUCAAGCACAGACAUUCUUCACCAGGUGUUCAUCAAACAGUUCAGCAAGUUCCAUGCACGAAAGGUGUUUCCGGUGCAGGUUGACCCUGAUAAGGAUGAAGAUGUCCACAUGUUCUUUGCUCGAGGAGAACGCUGGAAGAGGCUUAGGUCCAUCGUUAAUCCUGCUUUCAGCUCUGCUAAAAUGAGAAUGAUGUCCCCAGUCAUCAACAAAUGCGUCGAUAACCUCGUCGACAAUGUGGGAGGGGAAUGCGACAGAAACGCCGCCUUCAAUAUUCACGAGCAGUUUCAGCGUCUCACCCUUGACACCAUCCUCCACUGUGCCUUCAACCUGAAGUCACGGGCUCUGCAGGACCCCAACGACCCCUUCUUGAAACACUGCCAUGGAGUGAUAACAGACACCACCAAGCGCCCUCUACUCUUUUUGCUAGGAUUUCUGUUUCCCGCCCUCCACGCUCUGUGGAUCUUCAUAUACUACUUCCUUAGGAACAUCCAGUUCAAUCCGUUCUUCUGGCUGGAGGAGAAGAUCAAUGCUGUCAUUGAAGAGAGGAAGUCAACUAACUUUGACGGGAAGGACAUGCUCCAGCUUAUGAUGAAGGCGAGAUUCAAGGGAAGAUGCUUUCCCUACGAGAAAGAGACUGAAAAAGGAUUUGAAAUGAGUCAAAACAACGCAAAUCAAAAUAUCGCUAAAACUCUCUCGAACAAGGAGAUUGUGUCCCAGGCCCUCCUGUUUACCCUGGCGGGCUAUGAAACCACAAGCACCAGCUUAGCCUACAUAUUCUAUGAACUGGCGCGCAAUCCGCACAUACAAGAAAAUAUUUGGGAGGAAAUCCAACAACACUAUCCGAAUAAGAAUGACGUUCCCAACUAUGACAACGUUCGCGGUUUAACGUACCUAGAGCAGGUUAUUAAGGAGACUCUCAGAAAAUAUGUUGUUGCAAGCAAUGUGAUUGCCCGGCAGUGUCGGGAGACGGCGGUCGUGGAGGGCAUCACGAUACCCAAGGGGAUGCUGGUACAGGCCGAUGUCUGGAGCCUGCACAGGAGGGAGGACCUGUGGGGACCUGACGCAGAGGAGUUCCAACCCCAAAGAUUUGCACCUGAAAAACAAAGAGCUCGUCACCCCAUGGCGUGGAUGCCAUUCGGCGGGGGACCACGGAUGUGUGCUGGGCUCAGGUUUGCCAUCCUUCAAGCAAAGACGGCAACGGUGGAGCUGAUUAGAAACUUUCAAUUUGCUUUAUCUAAAGACAUGACGACGCCAUUGCAGCUCAUUGAGGGCGCAACCGUGUGCCCCAAGGAUGGCAUUCACCUGACAGCCAAGAGACGUAGCUGAAGCUUUCCACUGCCCAGGGGAACUUUGACCUAUUAUGCAAGUCCAUCCCGGACGAAUGACCUCGGGCCUCGAACUUUCUGAUAGUUCACAUAAUCGUCGACUGCAAUUGUUUGAGAGAGUCAACGUGCUUCGAGUGAAGGACACUAAGCCUUUGUGAGCUGUUGCAGCUGAUUCUGCAGAAUUUCAUGGACGCAACUUUUGUGAACAUGCACUCACGUGUGCAUCGUGGGAUAAGCUGAGAACUCAUGUGUUGAUACUCUGUGCCAAACGGUUCAGUGGUGCUGGGGCAGGCCCCUCCUGUUUCAUUGUUACAUUCUGGUGUCCGUCAUCAUGAGUUGUCGUCCUUAUGUGUGUGUGUGUGUGUGUGUGUGUGUGAUAUGUCCGACACUAUAGCAGCAUCAUUCAUCACUUUUACACAGAUCAUCUUCUAGUCAUCCUCAUCUGUUACACUAUUGCAUUUGUUGAAAUAUAUUAUAUGAAUAAAAGACGACGGA